AUGAAAAACUCAUCGACUCCAUUUAACAAGCCAUUCUCUGUUUCUUUACUUUUUCUUGUGUUCUUGUUUUCCGGUCUUGACAACUUGAGUCUUGUUUCUUCUUCUUUUUCUCGUUCCACAGUUCUUGCAGGUGAAGAGCUUCAUUUUCGUGGAGAUGUUUCCAAGAACUGUGUGGAGGGAGCAAGAUCCGGUUACCUAUGUUCUGGGGUUAGCGAUAAAGUUUCUCCGUCCUCCUAUGGAACUCCCUCAAGUCCACAGAGAAAACCUCCAAAUGUACCUAAACAUCCUUCUCCAGCAUAUAGGCCCUCUCAGAAGGUGCCUUAUGCAAAUUAUCCUCAACCAAAGGUUCAUAGGAGAUCAUUAUUGAAAUUGCUACCAACUUCAAGUUAUGGUCAACCUCCUCCUGAAUCUCCACCACCACCUGUUGAAACCCCGCCUUCACCACCCGUUUACAAUCCUCCGCCAGUAGAGAAACCACCCCCACCGUCUCCACCACCCGUUCACAAGCCUCCACCAGUAGAGAAACCACCCCCACCAUCACCACCGUCUCCACCACCCGUCUACAAUCCUCCGCCAGUAGAGAAACCACCCCCAUCAUCACCACCAGUAGAGAAACCACCCCCACCAUCACCACCAUCUCCACCGCCCGUUUACAAGCCUCCGCCAGUAGAGAAACCACCCCCACCAUCACCACCAUCUCCACCACCCGUUUACAAGCCUCCGCCAGUAGAGAAACCACCCCCACCAUCACCAUCGUCUCCACCACCCGUCUACAAUCCUCCGCCAGUAGAAAAACCACCUCCACCAUCACCACCAUUAGAGAAACCACCUCCACCAUCACCACCACCCGUUUACAAGCCUCCACCAAUAGAGAAACCACCCCCACCAUCACCACCGUCUCCACCACCCGUCUACAAUCCUCCGCCAGUAGAGAAACCACCCCCACCAUCACCACCGGUAGAGAAACAACCCCCACCAUCACCACCGUCUCCACCACCAGUUUACAAGCCUCCGCCAAUAAAGAAACCACCCCCACAAUCACCACCAGUAGAGAAACCAUCCCCACCGUCACCACCCGUUUACAAGCCUCCGCCAGUAGAGAAACCACCCCCACUAUCACCACCGUCUCCACCACCCGUCUACAAUCCUCCACCAGUAGAGAAACCACCCCCGCCAUCACCACCAGUAGAGAAACCACCCCCACCAUCACCACCGUCUCCACCACCCGUUUACAAGCCUCCACCAAUAGAGAAACCACCCCCGCCAUCACCACCGUCUCCACCACCUAUUAACAAGCCUCCGCCAGUUGAAAAACCACCCCCGCCAUCACCACCUUCUCCACCACCCGUUUACAAUCCUCCGCCAGUAGAGAAACCACCCCCGCCAUCACCACCAUCUCCGCCAGUAGAGAAACCUCCGCCAGUAGAGAAACCACCUCCGCCAUCACCACCGUCUCCACCACCCGUUUACAAUCCUCCGCCAAUAGAAAAACCACCCCCGCCAUCACCACCGUCUCCACCACCUUCUUACAAGCCUCCUCCAGUAAAGAAACCACCCCCGCCAUCACCACCGUCUCCACCACCCGUUUACAAGCCCCCGCCAGUAGAGAAACCACCCCCGCCAUCACCACCGUCUACACCACCCGUUUACAAUCCUCCGCCAAUAAAGAAGCCACCCCCACCAUCUCCACCAAUAGAGAAACCACCCCUGCCAUCACCACCUGUGUACAAACCUCCACCAGUAGAGAAACCACCCCCACCUCCACCAGUAGAGAAACCUCCGCCGCCAUCACCACCAUCUCCACCACCCUUUUACAAGCCUCCGCCAGUAGAGAAACCACCCCCGCCAUCACCACCGUCUCCACCACCCGUUUACAAGCCCCCGCCAGUAGAGAAACCACCCCCACCAUCUCCACCAGUAGAGAAACCUUCCCCGCCAUCACCACCGUCUCCACCACCCGUUUACAAGCCUCCGCCGGUAGAGAAACCACCCCCGUCAUCACCACCAUCUCCACCACCCGUUUACAAUCCUCCGCCAGUGGAGAAACCACCCCCGCCAUCACCACCAUCUCCACCAAGUCCACUGCCACCUCCACCAAGUCCACUGCCACCUCCUAGCUCUCCAGGGUAUGGAAGUCCUCCACCUUCUGGUUAA